AAUUAAAAGUUGAAAAGCUGAUAGAAAAAGGGCAAACAGAGAGAGAGAGAGAGAGGACUUAACAGAGUAAAAACUCUCUGAGAGGGAAGGAGGGAGAGAGAGAUUGCUUUUGCGUCAAGCUAAAGUGCGCCGGUUCUCCGGUGAUCUAAAUCUUGCCGUUGAUUCCCCUCGUGGUCCAGCCAAGAUCCUCGACGAAGACCGUUUGAUAUUCUGACAAAUAAUUCUCUCUUAGUUUGCUUGCCGUUUAUGGAUAGACCUAAUAUGAGCAUAUAAAAUUAAAAAAUAUUUUUACAGCUUUUUUCCUUUUUUCUCUCUUUUUUUUUUUAAAAAAAAAAUUGUACGUGUUGCUAUUUCUUCUUCUCCUUCCUUCCUCGCUUUGUCUUCAAGUUAGGUUGGUGUCUUGGGCAUGUGUAAAUUAAUUUUCCGUGCGGACAGCUACUGAUCCGAGCCCUAACCCUAAUUUAUCUCCCAUUCAAGGAGGAAGAGAGAUUUUCUAUGGAUGUUCUCUAGUAUUUGCCCUUACUCUGGGCUUUUCUGUCUAUUGUGUGUGUGUGUGUGUGUGUGUGUGUCUGUGUGUGAGAGAGAGAGAGAGAGAGAGAGAGAGUUUUGGAGGGGUGAAUUAAGUCUGCUAUUUUGAUUAGCUAUGGAGGGAAAGGAGCAUAAUAUGAACAAGGACAGUGGAGGUGUUGGUAACAGUAAGAGUGGAGAUGGGAUUAUUGAUAGAAGCAAAGUAAGGAUUCUGCUAUGUGAUAAUGAUGCCAAGAGCUGUGAGGAAGUUUCAACCCUCCUUUUGAAGUGUUCUUAUCACGUUACAUCAGUGAGAUCAGCUAGGCAGGUAAUUGAUGCUCUGAAUGCUGAGGGACCUGAUAUUGAUAUCAUACUUGCUGAAGUUGACCUUCCAAUGAAGAAAGGCAUGAAGAUGUUGAAGUACAUCACACGGGAUAAAGAGUUACGGCACAUUCCUGUGAUCAUGAUGUCGGCACAGGAUGAGGUCUCAAUUGUUGUUAAGUGCUUGAGGUUAGGAGCAGCAGACUAUCUUGUAAAACCAUUACGCACUAAUGAGCUGUUGAACCUGUGGACACACAUGUGGAGAAGGAGGCGCAUGCUUGGAAUGGUGGAGAAGAACAUCUUGAAUUAUGACUUUGACCUGGUAGCAUCAGAUCCUAGUGAUGCCAACACAAAUAGUACUACUCUAUUCUCCGAUGACACAGAUGACAAGUCUCGGAAGUGCACAAAUCCUGAAAUGGUUGUAUCAACUCAUCAGGAAUAUGAGUCUGUUGCUGCUGCCGCCGUUGCUAAUGCCGCUGCCGCUGCCGCUGCUGCUGCUGCUAGUGAGCGUUCACCUAGCAAUCCACUGGAAUAUAGGCCUGAUGUGCCAGGAAUAAGUGACCGCAGAAGAGGACAAUUAUCAUCUGGUCCAAAGAAGAGCGAAUUGAAGAUUGGUGAGUCUUCUGCCUUCUUUACUUAUGCCAAGUCAAGCACAAUAAAAAACAACACCCAAGGGUUCGUCAGCAUUGAGGACAAUGCUACUCAAAAUAUGAGGAUGGAAGAGAAAGUUGAAGCAUGUGGUCAGCUAGUGGUUAUUGAUGCUCAAUUACAUAAAAAUGGAGAGACAUGGGAGAGAUACUCACAAGAUGACUUCCGUAGCAGUUCUAGUGUCCCUGAUUCUCUUUCUUUGGAGAGAUCUUGCACCCCACCCAUGUCAAGGGAAUUUCCUCAAGGAAAUUUCAAGGAUGAAAACCUCCCUCAGGUGCUUGUGCAUCCAAGAAAUGAGCUUCAACUCGAUGUUUCAGGUACCACACAAAGUGUUUAUCCAUAUUUUAUGUCAGGAGUUAUGAAUCAAGUUAUAAUGCCUUCAUCAGCACAACUAUGUCAAAAGAAUAUGCAUGAGCUGCAAAAUAAUGUACCUUCAGCUAUUCUGCCUCAAUACAAUCAUUUUCCACAAUGUUCACCUCAUGCGACUGGGAUGGCAUCAUUUCCCUACUACCCUGUUAAUAUAUGUUUACAACCUGGUCAAAUGCCUAGUACUCAUUUGUGGCCAUCAAUCGGAAGUUCAUCUUCCCCUGAUGUGAAACUAAAUAAAUUAGAUAGAAGAGAAGCAGCAUUGUUGAAAUUUAGACAGAAAAGGAAAGAGCGUUGUUUUGAUAAGAAGAUCAGGUAUGUUAAUAGGAAAAAGCUUGCUGAAAGGAGGCCUCGUGUGCGGGGGCAGUUCGUGCGAAAGGUUGAUGGUGUAAAUGUUGAUCUUAAUGGACACCCUACUCCUAUGGAUUAUGAUGAGGAUGAAGAAGAGGAUGAUGAUGAGCAAGUAUCAAAGGAUUCAUCUCCAGAGGAUGAUGCUUCAGGAUCCUAAGGUCAGAGUUGCCAGAUAAUGAGGUUCCUUGUAUUUGUUAGAUGCACCCUGCAGUUAUGAAGCUUUUGUAUCAAAAGCCUUUGCACCAGUGAUGCUUGUUCCAUCCAAGAUGUAUGCAGAUCAUAUAUCAAGGGAUUGAUGAUAUUAAGUUGCAAAUGUCUGAACUACCCCUUGACAGCAUUCCUCUCUGGAUGCAGAAAAUACUUCAGGUUCAGCUUAUAUGGAGCUUUUUGUCCAAGGAUCUCACACCAAGAUUGUGCAAGCUGAAGGAUAAAGCUCUCUGCCAUUAUUAUUUUUGUGGUUCAUAGCCCAAAAUGUGGAAAGAAUGUCGAUUUGUUGAGAUCUUAUCUUGAAGAAGAUGACCAUGUAGGGAUUAUUUUUUUAAUCAAUCCAGUGAAAAAAAUGAAGCAACUGCUCAAGUUUUUGUUCA